UGCAUUAGCAUGAGCAAGGCGCGAGUCCUGCUGGACGAAUCGAGUGCCGUGGACCGACACUUUCGGCUCAAAUGCAUUCCAACGAGUAUGGCCAGCACCAACAGCGACGACGAUGGGAAAGCCGAGGCGAUGUCCAACCUGGUGCUGGUUGAGGACAAGCUCGCCUCCGGCGGUGUGGGACGGGUCGUUCUGGAGCACGUCGUGCUGCAACUCACCAAGUCCUCCAGGGCCAAGCGCUUCAUCCAUGUCCAUCUGGAAACGGAUGGCUCGUCCGAGAAGGAGGCACUGCAUUUGAACUACACGGGCGACAUUCGUGGAUGGUUCACAGUCGGGAACGCCACCUUGCUCGAGCGAAUCUAUAACGACAUCAUCCAAGCCCAAGCCGGGGAAGCAUCCUCCACGUCAUCAUGUGCCGUCGUGAUCGAUUCGUUGUCAGAGUUGCUGCAGCAAUUUUCGCUUCGAGACGUGUCGACGUUCUUGGCUCGUGUGUACCAAUUACCGACGGUGGUUGUCGUGGUGUCCCGAUACAAUGCAUCGCUGCACAAGCCCACGACCACGCUAGGUCUUCGUACGCUAGCGAAAACGUUGGUGAACGUUGAAACUACAGCGUCGAUCGCAGCCUAUCCGCUCUUGUCUGUCGAAAGCAAGCGGCGGCUUCCCCAUGGAAUGCACGGCAUGGUGACGCUGCUCCACAAAUCCACGCAUGGCCAAGCGACGGAUGUAAUCGAGUAUUUCACGUUCGAAGUCACGGCAGGCCGUCGGUCGUUGCUCAUGUGGACCAAGCAACGAGCUGAGCAACGAGUGUCGCAUAACGCCACCCUUGGAUCAACCAAAACGGAGGAGGACCCUGCGCUGGGCUCGCUCUUGUCGGACUUGACUUUCAAUUUAACAGUGUCCGAGCGUGACAGCGCCGCCCGAAAGCAAGUGGUGCUGCCGUAUCAGCACCAAAACCACCAAAGCACUCCGUUGUUUUUCAUCGAUGACGACGACCCAGACUGGGAUGACGACGAUUUAGACGAUGAUCUAGACAUUUAAGCCAGCGAGUAGAGGUCCUUGUAUGAGUUUGGCAACGUUAUUGUUGAGAUUAUUCGAAGGAUGAAUCCACA